CUGCCCGCAGUGCCCCUCUCUCUUCUGCCCCCAGGCCCCUGGCUUCACAGGAUGGGGCUGCGGGUGCCCUCAGCCCCUCCUGCUCUCUGGGUCCUAGGGUGCUGCGCCCUGCUCCUCUGGCUGUGGGCGCUGUGCACAGCCUGCCGGUCACCCCCGCCCUCAGCUCUGCCUCCCUGGCCUGACCACGCUCUUGCCCCCAGGAAGCGGGCGCGGAGGCCCUGGGCCGGGCUGCAGGGCAGCAUGAUGCCGGCGGAAGCGGCACUGCUGCGACGGACCCAGCUCCGCUCCCUCAGCAAGUCCGACACCAGACUGCACGAGCUGCGUGCCGGUCCGCAGGGCUGCAGAGCCCAGCGGCCUGCCAGCAUGGAUCUCCUUCGCCCCCACUGGCCAGAGAUGUCCAGGGCCCUCCCCAGGCUGCAGGCAGCCACCUCUGCCUUCCCGAACAGAGAGCUGCCCCGGGGCCCACCUGCUGCCACACCCACCAUGGGCCCCAUGGCCACCUACUCCAACGUGGGGCUGGCGACCUUCCCCAGGGCUGGCCUGGCAGCCAGCCCUGUGGUCGCUGAAUACGCCUGCGUCCAGAAGCUCAAGGGCACAGAGCAGGGCCCCCAAGAACAGCAGGGAAGGGCCAAGGAGUCCCCAGCCGCUCAGGUGGACAUCCUGUACUCCAGGGUGUGCAAGCCUAAAAGGAGGGACCCAGGACCCACUACAGCCCUGCUGGACCCCGAGGGCAGGGGAGCAAUUCCAGCCCUGGGGAGCGACUCGGCCUAUGAGGCCCUCCCACUCAGGGGCCGGAGUGUGGACAGUGGCCCCCUGGAAAACGUGUAUGAGAGCAUCCGGGAGAUGGGGGCCCACGAGUGCCCAGAGCCCCCAGCUCUGGCCGUCAGCAUCCGUGGACAUAAGCUGGACACUGGGGCCCCUGGCUUCCACCCGCCUCAGCCCAGGCAGGGGCUGGAAACCCCUCCCUGCCCGGAGCACUCAAGUGCCCACGCUCUGUCCUCCAUAGUGAGGCCCAUUCCCCCUCCCCAGCGGACAGCGCCAACCCCAGACCUCGGGGCUGACAGGCUGUGCGGCCCCUGAGGUGCGAGCUGCUCUGCCAGCCUGGCCUCCUGGCCCGGAGAA